CAAUUUCAAAUCGGGGGCUGAGUGAAUUGCUAUAUAAAUUGCGAAAAGCACAGCAUUCGAUUUCAAUUUCCAAGCAUGGAUAAGAAGAAGCAGAGGCAAUCGACUAUGGAGAAGAAGAAGAAGAAGCAACAGCUGAAUGAGAAUCACAAGAGCAAGAGCAUUGACGACAUUUUCCCUCUUGAGCUGAUUCACAGAAUCCUAGUGAGGGUUCCGCUCAAACAUCUCGGUCGCCUCAAGUGUGUUUCGAAGCUUUGGAACGCUCUCAUUUCCGAUCCCGACUUUGCGAAAUCACAUGUUCACUUCUCUGCCGCACCCACCCAUGUAUGCCUCUUCAUAAAUGACUACUCCAAGGCUUGCUCCGUUGACAUUGACGCAGUAUUUCACCGCCACAAGCGUGCUACUGCAGCAAAAGAGGUAUCUCUCCCUUUCGAGACGAACACACCUUUUGAUUUUGAAGUUAUGUGCUCCUGCAGAGGGCUUGUUCUCUUACACCGAGCCCCGCAUUUUUUUAUCGUAUGGAACCCAGUAAUUGGAUCCAGCAAAAGAGUUUCCUACUCUCACAUUGUUUCUCGUAGUGACCGCAAGAACUUUAUGUUUCCCGUUAGUGCGUGUUUGUAUGGAUUUGGUUAUGAUGUUUCACAGGAUGACUACUUAGUUGUUGUAGCUUCUCAGGAUAAGAAUGGCCAAGAGCACUUUGAUUGCUUGUCUUUGAGAACCAAUUCAUGGACUAAUCUUGAUUUUGCACUCUCCAAACCCUUGGGUAGUAGCAACUGGAAAUCUCGUGGGUUCUUCUUGAAUGGCGCUAUUCAUUGGUCAUCCCGCACUCUUAGAGUUAGAGAUUAUAGUAUUCUUAUAUUUGAUUUGAAGGAAAGAAGUUUCUCAACCAUAUCUAUGCCUGAACAAGUGAUGGGUUAUCUCAAUCCCACUCUUCUCGCCCUACUAGGAGGGUGCCUGGCCUUGUAUUCUUAUGAAUACGGUAAAACUAACAUAUGGGUGAUGAAAGAAUACAAAGUGCAUUCAUCUUGGAUUUUCUAUCAGUUUUUUAGUGGUGGAUCUGCGCCUCUAUGCUUAUCCAAUGGUAGUGACAUUGUUGCACUACGGUCUUUUCCGAUAUCUAACUUAUGGUUUGUCAAAUAUGAUGUCAGACGAGAGCUCUUCCAAUUCCAAUGUCUUGAGUAUCCUCAUCUGGAACAAUUUAAAGGUCGUUCUCGUCGGUACAUUGUAUACACAGAGAGUCUCGUGCGAGUCCCUAGUGAGAUUAAGGAUAAGAAGAAGAAAAUGGCCAUCAGAAUCACAAGAUCGAUGUCAAACAAGGAAAGAGAACGACUCAACAGAGACACUUAAUUAUGUUGUAAAUAAAGUGUUGGCAAGUUCAGCUGGAAGAAGCUUCUAGGGAACUUUGUUUUAUUUUGCUUUUGCAUUAAAGUAUGAUUUCCGUUCCAACUAUGAAUGUGAAAAACUGGAACAUUUGAAAGUGCAGAUAGAGUUUCCUACUUUCCUCUA